GUUUGGGGACGAAACGGCCAUAAAGCUUGAAUCGGUAAGCCACCGAGCUGCAACCUAGCUGCACCAUUGAGGGCAAAACCUACAUGGACCAUUCGGAGCACCACGACUACAGCCAGCACGCAAAUAUGUCGAGUGGAGGUGCUCACGCCGGUCAUGGGACGGUUGAUCACAGCGCGCACGAUCACACGAUGAUGGACCACGGGGCGCACGAUCACCAUCACGGAGCGGGUGGUAUGGGUGGGGCAACAGGUCCGGCCGGCAUGGUACACCAUAUGAUGUCGAUGUCGUUUCACGGUGGUUACGAUGAAACGAUCCUGUUCGAGCAGUGGAAAAUCGAUAGUCUCAGCGGGUUGCUGUGGUCGAUGUUGCUCAUCUUUGUGAUGGCUGCCCUGUACGAGGGAUUGAAAUACUACCGGGAGCAUCUAUUCUGGCGAACGUACAAUGCGCUACAGUAUCGCCCAGUCACGGUGACGGAGAAAAGCAACGGAAAUGGUGUGGCGGUAGCGGGUACAUCGACCGCCGAACGGGGCGGUGUCGGUGCGGGCGAUGGCUCCAAUGGCGCCAGCGGUGCUGGAAUAAACGAGGAGGGAGCCCGAAUCGUGCACAUGGUUGGUGAAGUGAUCCACAAACAACCGAGCAGUCAGUGCAGACCAACUAUGCUCUCGCUGAUGCACCUAUAUCAAACGGUACUGCACAUCCUCCAAGUCACCACCAGCUUCCUAUUGAUGUUGAUCUUCAUGACGUACAAUACGUGGCUCUGCCUGGCGGUUGUCCUGGGUGCCGGGCUCGGUUAUUUUCUGUUCGGAUGGAAAAAGUCCGUCAUCGUCGACGUUACCGAGCACUGUCAUUAA